AUGUUAUCCGAGAAUGAUUCAAUAGUUCUUUCUGAUUUUCGUGUUAUUUCAUUUGUUGAAAGAGCUUUAUGAUAUUGAAAAUACUUAUGCAAUCCACAGUCAAUCCUAAAUGAUUCAGAAUUCAAAUAUAACUGGGAAGUAGGUGCGCCAAUACUUGAAGAUUCAAUUCGAUUUAGAUAUAUAAAAUACAGGAUUUUAAUUAUGAUCGAUCUGGCUCCUUCUGUAUAUGCAUAUAAUUUCGCUUUAAAAGAAUCAAUGGGCAAUAGAAUAACAACUGUUUUGAGAAGCCUGAUUGAGUCUAUUCAAAACUAUUCACAAGAAAUAGACAUUCAGAUUGAAUUAGGAAUAAUUUGUGUCAGAACUCCAAAUGAGCCAAUUCAUGUUGUGGUACAGUCAAUUGAGCUCAGAAAUGGCUUCAAUUCAGACGAUAUUAUAGACCAGUUUGAGUCUUAUAUGGAAGAAAUACGCAAUGACUUAGACAUUAAUUUUUUGAAUGGAGCCAAAGAAAGCGAAAUUGACUUCGCUUCAACAUUAAAAUGAGCUUUAUUUGCACUGGAUUUAAUGGAUCAGCCAAGUAUGCCAGCUGUUAUUUACAUAACAGACUGUACUAAUUCUAAUUUAGCAUCAGGAAUUUAUGACUGACUUGUUGUACAGUAUUGCAGAGCUGAUGUCGCUCUUAAUCUUAUUAAUCUGUCUGAAAAUAUUUCUCCCCAGUCUUUUCAGUAUGGCUUUACUCCUGACCCGACCUCAAUUAAGCUCAUGACAAGUAUUUCUGGAGGGACAUGGAUAAGCCCAGACGAUAUACCAUUAAAAGUCAGAGAAAUAUUUUAUAAGAAACUUGUACUAAAAUCUUGUGGAGAUGUAAAUUUUUUGAAUAAAUCUCAUUCUCAGAAAUAUUAUUUACUCCUGCGUUAAUUGUAACAAAUUAUGGUAAUUUUCCAAUUGAACUCCUUUAAGCUGAAACAAAAUUUUAGUUUUUAUAGUUAAAAAUAAUAAUUUCUACGUAAAUAGCUUUGAUAGCCAAUAUAACGUCGCAGAACUCUAAAAUUUGCUUAAAGCAUGCUCAACCUUAAAGUGGGAUGAAGCAGAAUACUAUUUAAAAUAUUAUCAAUUUAGAAUAUGUAAAUUUCUAUUUAAAUUUUAUUCUAUCUUUUUAAAAAAAUCUAAACUUCCUUUAAAUGGAACAGACAUUUUUUGUUUACAAUUUAAAAUUGGGGAGUUAGAUCAUUAUCAUUGCGAAGUUCCUGUUGAAAAUUUGGUGGAGUGCAUACUUCGUGAAGGCUUCCAGAUAAGAGCUAUUCAACCAAAUAAACUAGUUUUUUGAUUUAUUUUGCACUUUAAUAUAGCUAUCGUACCUUAAUAGAUUUCUAUAUAGGUGAUUUGGGAUAGACGGUUGAAAUGCUUUUUCAUUUACUGUCAAAUAAAUGAUCUAGAUAGCCGUGAAGAGUGAGGAUUAAGUAAAAUAGUUUAAAUUUUAAGUCAAAAGUGAUCGAACUCUUAAAGAAAUAAUUUGAUUCGAAGUGAAUACGGAUGCCUUUAUCAUGGUUUCGGAAGCUUGAGACAAUAAAAUUUAACUAAUUCUACCUCAUAAACCAUGGGAUUUUGCUAACGUAAUCUAUCAAAUUAAUAUAUUCAAGAAAGAUAGUUCUAAUAGCAGAUCCAAAAUAGCAAAGUCAACUGCUAAGUUCAACUAUUUAUAAUAGAAUUAUAUUUCAGCAUAUGAAAUUUGGUUCAAUCUGAUUUAUAUGCAGAUUUAGUGUUUUACUGAAUUAGACAUUGCCAUUUUCACUUUUUAUUAGGCUUUGUCAAAUAAGCUGGCUCGGCAAAGCCUAAUAUAAAAAUGGAUCUAGCAUAGCAAAAUCCCGUUGCUUAUGAAGUAAGAAUUAGUCAGAUUUUAUUGUCUCAACUGAGAUGGACUUCUAAUCAAAUUUUAUUUCUUUAAGAGUUCCAUCACUUUUUACUUAAUUUUAGUUAAAAUUUAAACUAUUUUACUCAAAUCCUCACUCUUCACGGCUAUCUAGAUCAUUUAUUUGACAAUAAAUGAAAAAGCACUUCAAUGUCUAUCUCAAAUCGCCUAUAGAAAUCUAUUAAGGUGCCUGAGCUAUACAAUAAUUGAAUAUACAUUGAAUAUUGAAAAUCCUAGACUAAGUAUAAUCGAGCUUAGUAUUAUCUGCAAGCAAUCGCUUUUUAAAAAACUAAAAAAAGAAGAAAAAGUAGCUGCCGUUUUUUCAAAGGAAUCUAAAAUUUCGCUAGCUUCUCGAGUGCUAUACAUAAUUCAAAAUAUAAAAGAAAAUGAAAAAUUUGUAUUUGGGAUUUUUCAAGACAUAGAGUUUAAAGAUCAGAAGUCGUUAUAUGAGAAAAUAUCGAAAUUGCCUACUUCAAAGUGGCAGAAAUGGUUUCACUUCGAAACUUUGGAUGUAUUAACUGCUAGCUUUACCUCUUUGAAAGAGCGAGCAAUAUUUUUUUUUCUGUUCUAUUUGUUUUCAAAAAUUUUAUAUUAAAUUAUAUCAUUUUUUUUAGCAUUUUAACAAAUCUCUAUUUGCAAGUAUUUGAAAAGGAAAAUCUAAUUUAUAAAUUUUUAUAUUUAAGAAUGACAAUCUGCCAGAAUUUAAUAGAAUUAGCUCGAGAUCUCAUUAUAAAAACUGUUGAUUCUAUCUAAAAUAUUUACAGAAAAAAAUUAUAUUAAACUUAGCUUUUCCGAAAAUAGGCAUUUUUCCAAUGAUUUACUCUUAAAGGAGGAAGAGAUUAAGCAAAGCCAAGACCAUUUAAUUUCAUACGGGAAAGAUAAAGUCAGAGAAAAAAUAAGGACUUUAGGGUCAGGCUUAUUUUUUGAAGACACAUAUAUUGAACUGAUUGAAAAAUCUGGACUGCUUAUAAUAAAAAUUGUGUGAGAACUCUAUAAUAAAGCAACAAUCUAUUUUGGGUUCUUUGGUUGCUCAAAUUCUUUUAGAAUAGAAAAAUACCAGCUUUGCAUCCAAAACUUGAAGAAAAGCGCUCUAGAUGUAUAUGAUCGUCCAUUGGGAAAAAUUGUUGUUGAAGAAACUUAUCGUAAAAAGAACUAUAAAUCAAGAGUUUAUUCACUAUUCACUUACAGACCUCACAAUAAAGUGAUUAAGUCCUAUAUGUGCGGAUUUUCAAGCCAAUUUGAUCUGCUAGCAACUAAGUCUGCUCAAUUCUUUCUGAACAUCCUACAUACUUCAAGAACAAAGCAAGGCUUUAUUGUGAUUGGCUGCAUAGAAAAAGACAAAUUUUUGCUUAUAAAACCAUAUGAAUGUGAAGCUGAAAACAAGCAUAGGAUCUUUUUUCUCCAAUACUUGAUGUAUAUCUCUGACUAUUCAGUUUUUAUAGAAUUUUAUCAUGAGCCUUCAAUAGCUAAUUACUAUGAUGAAAGUGACGAUCUAUUAGAUCUUAAAAAUGAGUAUGAGAUAAAUGACGAGUCAAUUUAUAAAUCACUUCUUUCUCUUGACUCCUUGAUAUUUCAAUGCUUGGAAAAUAAACUUAACUUUUGCAACAGUAAUGAUCUAUUAGAAAACAACGGAGAAUUCAAGAUGAUUGACUUUUCUGAUGAGGAUGACCUUUUUUGCUAUAUUCAAGCAGAAAACCUUGAAAAAGCAGAAACAUUUGAGGAUCUCAAAAUCCAAAUGUACGAAAAAAUGUAUGAAGUUGUUUCAAGCUUUCAAGAUACAGGAAGCUGCAGCAUUGAGCUUGACUUUCUGCUCAAGCACUCAAGCUGCUGGAGUUUUGACUAUGAAACAUUUUCUGUAGAUUUAGAUAUAAAUACUCAGCAAUAUAGACAAAUUUUUGAGUAUCUUUAUAGCGUUUUGUUAAGAGCAUUCGGAGACAUUGCAGAUUAUCAAAUGUCGCAGAAAAAUCAAUGCUAUUUUGCUAGAUAUGCGUGCAACAUUGGAGUUAUCAUGUGAACAGUCCCUGAAUUUGAAGAACUUUUGAAAGAACUGAGCUGCAAUGGCAAAAUGCUACCUAUUUAUGUAUUUGAGUGUCUUCAAAAUAAAAUAGAUCUUGCUAAUUUUGAAAAGCGAAGGUCGUCAAUUGUUGGGACUGCAAACAAUUCUAAUACAGUCUUUCAAAAAACUUUGCAGUUAAUUCAAAGAGUUUAUAAGGUUGUAUUAUUAGGAACAUAUUAUAAUUUCUUGGGAAUCUCUUCAGUUUGUGAAUUCCAGCUACCAAUCAUAGAAACGGAUUUCACCAAGUUGCUAUCAUGCUGUGAGCAGUACGAAGAAACGCUGAAUAUAUCAAAACUCAAUAAAUAUCGCCAUCAUUUGCUGAUGAAAAGUUCAGGUUUAAGCGUCAUUCCUAAAGAUCUUAAUGCAGGCAAUUGUGAUAAUAUUGAUUCCAAAUUUUUAUCUUUCAUCAGUUCUAAUUUUUCUCAGCUUCAUGAUACUGAAUAUUUCAUUUACAGAGACAAAGACCAAGAUAAAGAAAAUAAGUUCCUUCUCCAAAUUUCUAACUACAAGACAUCAUUACUUAAUUGCUUUGAAACGCCUGAGAUAAUUCUGACUCUUUUUUCCUUUCAAAAUUCAAAUUUUUUUCAAAAAGAAAAAGCUGUGAUGAAGCUGCAAGAUUCCCCUAUUUCAUCCAAACAAACUAUGGCCCAAAAUUUGAUCAAAAUUAUCAGUGAAAAGCUACAAUCCUUGCUUGCAGAAUUAACACUAAAUACUUUAUCAAUAUGCAAAGAAAUAGACAUAGAUUUGGUUGAAGAAGUACUUUUGCAGUUCACAAAAACAACUGAGACUGUCAGAUUUGAAUUUAUUAUGCAUUCAAUUGAAGAGAGUGAAGAAAAAUGUUUACUUAGACCCUACCCUAACUUAAUUUUGAAAUGUUUUAGCUUCGUUGUUCGCCAUCUUGCUUUGCUAGCUAACAAAUAUUUUAACUUCAUAUUUUUUUUUUGGAAAAAUCGUGCUGAGAAAAAUUGCUAGAAGUGCUGGAGUAAAACAAACGCUGUUUCUGCGCAUCACUCUCAAGUGCCUACAAUAUGUGAAGUGCUCAGUUUAAUCACACUGCUGCAAGUUCUGGGGAAGUUUAAAAACCUUGGUAAAAAUGCCCCUUUUUUUUCGGAAAAAAUCGUGCUGAGGAAAAUUGCUAGAAGUGCUGGAGCGGAGCAAACACUGUUUUUGCACAUCACUCUCAGGUGGCUGCAAUAUUUUAGGGAAAUUAUAAGUGAGAGAGAGUGCUUUAUUUUGCACUCUCUGGACUUGAGCACAAAUUUAUAAUUUUGACAUAGCAGUUUUCAUCGGGUAGCAGCCUUCCUACAGAGGCAACCUUCCCCACGGCGGAAGCAACCCUCCUGCGGCUGAGGCAACCCUCCCCACGGCGAAAGCAAACCCUCCCCUCGGCGGAAGCAAUCCUCCCCUCGGCGGAAGCAACCCUCCCCGCGGCGGAAGCUAUCCUCCCGCGGCGGAAGCAACCCUCCCCGCGGCGGAAGCAGCCCUCCCCACGGCGACCUUUAGGCUGGCCGCCACGCAGGGGGGAUCAGCUGACCCUUUAGCAGCCGGACGACUCAAUGACCAUCGCUGUCGUGCGUCAGGCCUCUUCCUCCACUAAGAGUUCCUUCCUUUCCUUUUCAGCGAUUCAUCACUCGAUUUCCUGUACGAUCUCCUCCGUAAUGCCAGCCUUUUCAAGGUCUUCCAGUUGCUCCUCCCUCUCUAGCCUUCUGUGUUUGCUGUCCGGCCUGCUCUCUCUCAGGAGAUCAUCAAAUUCCAUCAGGGCCCUCUUGGUCUCCCUAUCAAUAGCAUCCAGAUCCUUCUCGCUGACAAGCCCCUUGAGCUCAGAGGAGUCCGCAAUUAGCCAUGUGUGCAUCGUCAGCCUUUCCGAGGUCUCCCCUACUAUAUCUCUAAGCCUCCGCCGGGCCUUUCUCCUUAUUUCUGCAUAUAGUUCGCAUUCAUUGAGCACGUGCUUUUCAGUUUCCUUUACAUUACAGAGUCUACACCUGUCCUCCACUCUCUCCCUCGGGUCCUUGACCCUUAGCGCGGCAAGAGCCCUGACAGGGCCAGCCCCCAUACCUCCAGGCAGCUUUGACUCUAGCCUCCCUUGUCAUUUUCUUCUUGUUGACACCCCAGAACCUAGCCUUCUUUUCCUCUAUUUCAUCGUCGUCCUCCACAAUCCCCUUGGAAGAGAGUGAGGAAGCUGGUGAGAUGAUAAAGCUGGAGCUUGAACGAGGCUUAGUUAUUUCAACUUUGUCUAUUGAUCAGUACUUCUAUGCAGCUGGCGUUAAAUCUUUCAGUAAACUCAUGUGUAUAGAUGAAGAAUCUCUGAUUGAUAAAUUAUUUUCAAGAAAUGAAGAAACUGUUAGUAUUAGGAAUAAUGAGCAUUUAAUUGCAUUUUGGGUGAUCAUUGAAAUAAAACAGGCGGCAGGUCUUAAGUGCUCAUUCUUUCUUCCUGACCAUUGGACAAGCCAGGGCUUAAAAGCUGAUAUGGUGAAAAGUCAACUCCUAAAAAUUUUUAAGAAAAUUGAAGUAAAGGUGUAUCAAAGAAUUCUUCUCAACGACCUAGGAAAAACGGGGAAAUUAUCAGAGCUUUUAAUGCCAAAGGACAAUUCAAAUUCAUUUUCUGCUGAAAAUAGCAGCAAGGACAGCAAAGAAUGAGCCAAAAAAAGGUUUUCAAGAUUUUCUCACGUCAAGUCUAAAAACCCUGAAAGUGUUCCUGUCUCAAAGCUUAAGACCUCAUACAAGCUGGAGGUCCAGCACAGAAACAAUUUUAGUGUUUCUGAUCGACUAUCUAAAAAUGAAUCUGUAAACACCCUCACCAUGAAAUUUUCUACUCCACCAUUUAUAAUCAAUAACAGAAAUGAUUUAUAUAUGCUUAUUCAAGGCUCAGAUAUAUUCAUAUUCCGAUUCACAGAAAAAGAAAUGGAAAAUGAUGAAGAACUUUCUCCACCUGAGCUAAAAAGGAGCUCGUCAUUCUCAAAAACAAAAUUUCUCACUCUUGAAGUAUUUGGCAUAGACAAGCCGCUGGAGGAAACAAUUUCUAAGCUAGAGCAAAGAGUCUGUGAGCAGCUUCAGCAGAUUUCCCUAUUUAAAUUGGCAGACUCAUUAAUAAAAAAUCAAAAAAAAGUCAUGAGUUUUAGUGAUAUGAAGUUUAUUAAAGGCUCAGAGCUACCUUCUAUUGCAUUCUUUCCAAUCCAUCUUGUUUCAAGCUUGGAGCUGUUCCUUAAAUAUAUAAAGCAGAAUUUGAUGAAGUUUCUAUUGAAUUUCCAAGUUAAAGGCCUUGAGUCCAGCGUUUUUGUUUAUAAUUAUCUGACUGUGGUAGAAAGUGUUUACAUAAAAAAUAACGCUAAUCGCUUUAUAUCUAGACAGGAUAGGGAAUUGACUCCGUUUCUUGGCAAUACCUUUGGAAAAGCUUUGGGGAUAAUCCAAAUAAGCAUUUGCUAUUAUGAUGGAGAAGCAAUUUAUAGUGAGAAAAAGCAGCAAAGUGCUGAAUUGAAAGUAAAUCCAAAAAUUACUGGGCUAUUUUGAAGGCCAGGAGGAGCAAAAGUAAAAUGUUUGCCUUAUCCUACAUUUCCAGGAUAUUAUUUAGAGAUGAAACUUUAUAAGAAUGGGCACAUUAGAUCAGAUUAGAUUAGGAUUAGUAUUUAUAGUCCCUACUUCCUGAAGCGCCGUGCAUUUCCGUCCUGAUCUGGUCAAAGCAUUUUUUGCAAGGAAAUUCCAUAUCCAACCCAAGUGACAAAAUUGCCCUCCCUUGGUAGCUUAGGCUAAAAGUCCCAUUGAGGGAUCCUUUUAAACUGGAGGGACUAAACCUGAGAUCUUCGUCUUGCUUGUUUUCCCCUUUUCUCCAGAUAAUCUUCGAGGAAAAACUUAAUGUCCUUGCUCAAAUUCGAGACAGGCCACAAAAGCAACUUAGGCAGGUAAGUCUCCCUGCCUUUAUCGGAUACCCAUUGCGGGCCUGGGCGCUGUGGAAAAAACUGCUGCUCGAAUCAGGCCACUAAUCAAUUGGAAAUAGUGCUGGCCUCGCUUCGAGGCUAACCCAACCCUUGGGCAGCUCUUUGCAAUAAAAGCCAGUCCGGAUGGCCGCUCGUUACCAAUCAUUUUAUGAUAUAGAAUUGGCACAUUAAUGAGAGUGCAUUUUUAGAUUUUAUUGAGCAGCAUUUAAACCAGUCUUUAAUUGAGUAUUUAAUUGAAGACACUCUUAAGUCAACAUCCAUGAAAAAUAAUUUUCUGGGGCCAAGCUAUCUAAAUAUGUUCGAAAGUUUAAGGCAAAUAGCUAUUGAAGCAACACAGAUAAUUAAUCCCAAAAUAAAUAUAUCAAUCCCUUCUUUUGAAAUAUUCACCUAUUUCUGCUCUCUCGAAAAAAUUAUCAAUGAAGCCGCAGAGUUUUCACUUCCAUUCAUUUAUUGUUUUAAAAUAGGCGGACAGAUUUUCAUUGAAAACUCUAUAGAAGAAAUAAAAAAGCAUUGGCUUAAGCAAUUUGAAUUAGUAAGCAUCAUCUGUGAAGAUCUUUGGUUUAGUGCUUUUUUUUACUCUGCAGGUGAUGAGCAAAAUCAAUUUAAUCCAUUAAAGUUUCACUCAGAAAAGUUUGAAGAAGAGACUCUUCUACGUUCCCUACUGUUAGGAUUUGAAUUAUCAAAGUCACAGUUUUUGCUGUUUUCUUAUAAUUGAAAUAGAUCUAUUUUAGCAAAAAUUCACAGCUCUGUAGAAACUCAUAUACACUCUAUAAAUCAGAGAUAUAGGCUGCUUAAUAAUAUACUAAUUCAGAAGCUGGGACUUCAUAGCCAUAAUUUGCCAAAUGAUUUCCUAUACCCAGAAAAUAGAAAUUCUCCAGAAGACCAAAUUUCUGCACAGAUUCUGAGAACAUGCUCAAUUAUGGAAAUAAAAGAAGAAAGCAUAGCACCUCCAGGCAAUUCAUUGGCUGAAAUUAAGGAAUGCAGGCAUCUGGUCAGCAUAAAUCGCAACCCGAUUUCCCAUCCCCGGAUCAAAUCUGGAAGACUUUAAGUCUUUUAAUCUUAAUCUUAAUCUAUGAUACGCAAUUAUGCUUGAAUUGAUUUAUUUGUGUCUAUCUCUUUUAAAGCAGACUUCGAAUAAAUUUAUGCUUAAUAUUCAAUAAUAAAGCGAAAUUCAGCGUAUUUCUUCUUAUUUAUUUGUGUAAAAAAAUUUUAUUAUGCAACAAAAUUUUGCAGGCACUAGGGAUAUGAAAUAAAGUAUGUUUAAAUAUGCUAUAAAAAUCGUGUUUUAAUAGCUAAGAUCGAAAUUCUUAUUAGCAAGAAUAGUUUUUUUAUUUCACUAUUCUUAUCUAGUUUCAAUAUCUUAAAAUGAUAUUCAUAAUUUAAAGAAAUUAAAUAUAUAAAAUUCCAUUUUUAUUUAAAUUAAAGAACUUUAAAAGUUCACAUUUAUACAAUUACUAUAAUCAUCACUAUUUAUAGAUUUAAUAUUUAAAUUUUAAAAUCUCAAGCAAUUAUGAUGAUUCAAGGAGAAAUGCUGAAAAGUCAACAUUAGAUAAAAUUAAUUAUUUCCUUUCAUGGAUAAAAAUAUUUUCCAUUUUGGAUUUAAUGGCUUAUCAAUUCUAUGAUUUCGUAGCUCUUGUAAGGUAAACUUCAGAAAAAAUUAAAUGACAUAGCGAUUUUCUUUUAGUAAAACCCAUAUGAAUAGAUUUUUUUAUAUUCACAUUAUCUAUAUUAAUUUUAUCUGGUAAGCUUUACUUACAUUGAAGAAAUUACACACUAGAAAAAUUUCUACUUUCUAGCAAUUGUCCUUUUUGUUCUUCAAAAUGACUCAUUUUGUAGAAGAAAUAGGAUCAUUGCUCGAUCGAUUAGUAGCAAUGUUUCCGGUGUGUAUAAUGUGUGUAUAGUAGCAUAUUAUUAUGUAUUGCAUAAAUUUCUUAUCAUGCAUAUGCAUGUCAUUUUGAAUUUGGUAUGUGAAAACCAAAUAUGCGUUUCAAAACGCAGAUUUUAGUGCGGCAAGUUCAUAAUUUGAAAAUUUCAUAUGAAAAUGGCGCGUAGAGCGGCCAUAAGAAAUUUAGCCAAGGAAUUAUAUAAAUAUAUUUUUUGUUAUUAUUCUUUCUAAUUCUGAAGAGCCAAAAGUUUAUGUAACUAGCUCGCCAUAGAAUUUAAAACUCAUAUAAAACAUAUAGGGGGAGUGCGAAUUAUGCUUGACAAGGCAUCCUCUAUCUCUUGUUGAAGAUCCGAUUCGCAAAUGCAAGCCCAAUGAAUUUUUAUUCUGUGAAAAAUUUGUAGUCAGCAAAUUAAAUUUUGGUGACAAACUUGGAAUAAGAAUUCAAGAUGUCUAUGAAUGAAAUGACGCGAAAUUCGUUAGAGAGAUGAGAAAGCGCGGACAUCUUCUUUGUGCACGAAAAGUCCCAUUUAUUGUCCAAAGCUGAAAGAUUCAGACCACACAAUAUCAAUUGAUGAAGUCAAAUAUAAAAAUCGACAAAAUCAUCAGAAAAAUUCUGAAAACAAUUUCUGUUGAGAUCUCAGGGCCGCUCAAACUUAAGCAGAUACCAUAUCGCCAGUACUCGGGGCAUCGAAAACACUCGUGCGACAACAGCUUUGAUGCUGAAUAUGAACUGACGCGGUCAUAUAGCGAAGAAGAAGCCCUUCCAGACAAAAUAAAACCUAUAAACUUAUUCCUGAAAAAACUAGGCAAACAAUCUGUGUUCCUAGUAGAAUUAGGCUAUGAAAAAGGUUUUAUCUUAUCUCGCGCAUAUUCGCUGGAUAAUGAAAAUAAUUUUGAUCAAUAUUUAGUUGAAAACCAAGACAUAAAAGCAAAAAGCACUGCCCAUGCACUCACGAAGAGCUCGCUUGACUUGCCUACCUUGGCAUAUGACCAAUAUAUUAAACACACUUGCGAAUUUCUUUUGGCUCCUGAAAAGUAUCCAUGAAUAAAUAUCCUAGGAACCUUAACAGAUUUUAUCCAUUUUUAUAAAUCACACCCGCCCAAGGCUAAAAGUUGAAUAUAUUCCUCAUAUGUUUAUAUUGAUUUAGGAAAUCUUGAAGGAGGAAGUGCAGAAGAAAUAUACAAUUAUAUCGCAAAUAAUCAUGAAGCAUACAGUCUGAACACUCCUAAACACUCCCAUCGUCCUCAUCCCAUUUUUAAAGUAACGAAGCUGCCUAAUAAAUCAAAUUUGUGAAGUGGGUCUCUUUCCCCAAUUAAAGGCAGAACAGCUAAUUUUAAUCAGCCACAGCCUAAUGAAAAUAAAGGCAAAAAUAAUGUAAGAGCAUUUGUUUACUCUUUAAUAGCUUCAACUAAAGAGACACAUUUAGGUACCAUUCGUCUUGAAGAAGGGAAAAAUACCAACAAUAUCAUGAGCAUUAGAUAUUACAUUAUCAACUAUACAAUGUAUGAAGAACAAUCAGGAGAGUCCCUGAAGAUGAUAAUCAAGAAAACAGAAAAAUCUUUGGUUGAAACCAUAAAACUUGCAAAACUGCACAGUCGUAGAGAUAAACUGUGACAGAAACUCAAGAAUUUAUCCAAAUCAGAUACUUUUUCUGACAAUGAACUCAAUGAGCUUCUAUCUUUAUCCAUAAUAGAGCCCCUAGAAGAGAUUGAUCAACGAAUUAAGUCCCUUUGCUCUCUAACAGACGCAUUCACACAAAAUUAUUUUAAUUAUUUAAUUAGAAUCUACCAGGAAAGGUGCAAAAUGAUAAAGAAGCCAAGCCACAUUGAUCUGUGUGUUUUCUCUAAUCCAUCCAUAUUUAUUUGUCUUAAUUUAAACUGUGCAGCAAAAAAAAUGAGUAUGAAAUUGGUAAGGCGAAUUUCUGAUAGCAAUCUUGAAGAGGAAGAAGAUGAACUCCUUUCAGAUUUGAUCAAUAAAUCUUUGCAUUGACUCUGGUAUAGGAUGAGUACUAGCAAUUAA